CUCUAAUAGAGUAAAUAGAAAAGAAAAGAGGAAGAAAUGUACACUACAACUUUGGACUGCACAUUAUUUUACCUUUUCUGAUUUUUUUUCCGAUACAAGUUCAGAUGAAACCGAUACCAUAAAACUCAAAUAUCGAUUUGGACUUGAUUUGAAACAAUCAUGCAAGAUCUUAUCCAUCAUGGCUGUGAAAGUGAAAUUUCUAACUCAAACCAUUUCUUUUCUGUUAUCCUAAAGGGAUAUCGUGAUCGUGAAAGCAUAUUAAAUUCCUAAAAUGGAAACGGUGAUGUAAUGAAAUUUCAAAAAAAAUAAAAAAAAACAAUUAUAACUGUGUUAAUAGUAGUGAAUCGGGAACUUGUAUUAUAUAAACAAAAGCACACUAUUAAAGUGCAUGUCGAUGUAAGGCAAUUAAACAGAGAAGGACAAGCUUGAGAAGAAAGUUACUUGGAGACUACAACGUUGUCAUCGUAAAACUUAUGUUGGUCUCUACAUGUACUAAUUCUAAAACAGUAUGGACAAACACCCAACAUUGGCUCACAUAUUUGAAGGGUUUAAGAAGAUGAUACCCUCAAGAUUUGAUCACAUGAUUGAAGGGUAUAAGAAGAAGAAACGCUGGAUCAGCACCGAUAAAUGUGGCUCUCAGAGAGGGCUUCAUGCAUGUACAAAUUACAGAAAUUUAAGACUGUGCUUUGUGACUAAAUCUGAAUGGCAUGAUCGGGAGGGGCAGAUAAAACAAACUGUUGAUCCAGUGAAAAAAGAUAAAUUUGGUGCCCAGAAAGGAAUAAAAAAGUGGAUUCCACAAGGCAGUCCCAAAUCAUUCCCACAUUUGAGCAUUGUCAAGGAGAAUCCAGACUUCUCUAGAGCUAAUGAAGAGAAGGAAAAUCUACCGCCACCGCCAAUUACAGAAAAAGACAAGGGGAAGUCUGAUUGUAGUGAAAAUGAAGAAGAUGAAGAUAGUGACAAAUACUUAUCAUCUAAACAAAAGUUGCCUCAUUUUGGCUUAAGAAAAAUGAUAUCCAAUGUUGCAAUGUAUUUGCGUGACCGAGAAAUCUUGGCUCGACCCAGUAAACAUGAUAUGACAAAGACUCUCAAAAUACAAAGAUACAUGUAUAUGAAAGAUUUAGAAGAAGCUUAUAGUAAAACAAGCACUGACAGAAAACUGCAAACAGCACUGUAUCCAAGUUUUUAUCAAAUGAAAGUUCAUAAAUGUGAUCAUGAAGAAGUUGGAACUAAUGUUGAUCUUACUGAAUUGCCUAUUAAGGUUAUUGACACUGAUGAACAUGAAGCAGAAACAGAUGUUGCCUUACCAGAAUAUGGUGAGAAAGAAACAGUUUGUGACCAAACACAUACUGAAAUUGAUGUCUAUGACACCCAUUCAGAUAAUAGUUUUGAAAUGUUUUGUGAUUUGUCAACACUGUUUGAUGAAGAAAAAGUACCCAAUUCUGCACAAACAUCUCAUGAAACUGAUGUUUUUGACACAGAAACAGAAGAGAAAGAAAGAGAAAAUAUUUCAGAGGUUGAAGAUUGUAUCAUGAAUAAUUCGUUUGAAAGUGAACAUGAUAGUAGCCAACUAUUAACAUAUGAAAAACAACCAGAUACUGCUCUCGUACAUAUUGGUGUCAAGAUCCGGAUGAAUGUUGUAAAAGUACUGCCAGCACCUGAUGCCAAUCCUAAUGUUGAAAAUCAUAGUCCUAUUACAAGAAAGAAGCUUACAGUUGAAAAUGAUCCAGUGAAAAUACUGUCCCGAACACAGAUGAUGAUGCCUCGAAUAUCAGAAUGGACUGUCUUCACUGUCAUUGGUAUAAUAGAAAGGUUAGCCCUGGGUCAGCAAGUUCCAGCAAAGGAAAGCAUGAAAUACGAAAUGUUGCGGUUUUGUACUUUCCGUCAAUAUCCGCCAUCUGGGAAGCCCUCAACAAUAAGGCUCGCUAAAGCGGGAUUUUAUUAUGCCACAAAUCGAGAUGAGGUCAUCUGCUAUUGCUGCGCUAAACGUAUCAGCAACUGGAAAGAAAAUGAUGAUCCUUUGCUUGCUCACAAACAUGUCACACCAAACUGUGACUUUCUUUUGAAGAAUUCUGAAGUCAAUAUUCCGAUAAGCAUAACAGACGAGUCUGAUGUUAUCCAGCGUCUUCUACGCCUGGAAUUCGAUCCAGUAUUUGUCAACCAAGUGUUUAAUGAGACGUCUACAGAAGCGCUCGAAAGACUCAAUAAUUUGUUGACCGACAGCAUCGGAACUGAUGGAAGAACAAAUGAUGAUCCUAGCAACAUUGAUGUAACUUCAAACACGUACAGGGCUAACAGAGAUAGUCCCGUUGCAAAGGACAGUAUCCCAGCAGGUAGUUUUGCAAAUUCCUUGCCACCAGUUGGAGCUGAAAACAUAAAUGAAUCUGACAGGCGAUAUAUGUCACUAGUGGGGGAAGAUGUCAACAAUGCAGCUAAAUUAUCAACAUUUAAUAAAAUGGAGAAUAUGACGGGUAUAAUGGUGUCAAACUUGAAUAUGACGGGUAUAAUGGUGUCAAACAUGGCCAAAAUACCUGAUUUUGUCAACACAAAAUCUGAACAGCCCACGGAUGAUUCAAGUACAGAUUUGACUAGAGGUUUGAGUACCAGCAGUACAACAUCCAGCAACAGCACUCAAAGCACAAGGGCCAUAUCCCAGUCAAACCUGGCGCCCCAGCUUCCCUCAACAAUCACAAGCACCUUGCUCCCAAAAUCCAGCCAUAUUCCUACCACAGUAAACGCGGCCAAUGGUGUAACAGUCAACUCUGCAGUGGCAACCACCCUGCCAAAGUACCCAAAGUACUCAACCCGCGCAGCCAGGCAUGCUAGCUUCCGUGAAUGCCAGCAGAUUGCUGUACAGAUUGAUUUUCUCUGCGAUGCUGGAUUCUUCUAUGCUGGGUCUGGCGAUUCUACACGCUGCUUCUUCUGUGGAAUUGGUCUUCGCCACUGGUCGCCGGACGAUGAUCCGUGGACAGAGCAUGCCCGCUUCUCUCUCAAGUGUCUGUUUGUGCUUGAGCAAAAAGGUCAAGAGUUCAUCAACAUUGUCAAACUGGCUGUCGAGGUUUCAGAGAAGGCUUCUAAAAAUGCUGUUGUAGCAAAUACAGAUGUGAUGAAAUCUGAGGCAGCAGUUAGUGCCUUGGCGAUGGGUUAUACUGCAGAUCAAGUCCGGAAGGCUAUCGAAACAAUUAAUGCUCGCACGCAGACAUCUGUAGCCACAAAUGGCAACCAUCAACUGAGCGGCCAAGAUAUAUUGGAGGAAAUCUUCCGGAUUGAAGAGGGUUCUAGCACCACCAACAGCUCCGUAGCAAAUACUGAGCAUCAUGAAUCAGAGGCUGACAACCUUGAAGAACAAGGAGCUUGGGCCGAGACGAUUCCUCAAAGGUCGCAGUCCGACCUUCUGCCUCUUGGGUCCAGCCGCCUGCAAGUACAGCAGCGUGCUGCCUCUGACAGUGUUGUCCAGUCAGACUUGGAGCGGAAAAAGAAGCGAUUGCUGCAGGAAAACAAAAUGCUUCGAUCUGCGUCGCUUUGUACGCAGUGUCAUCGUCGGGAGAUAUGCAUGGUGUUUCUGCCUUGCGGCCACUUGGUGACAUGUGAAGAAUGCGGCAAAGCCACCAGGACAUGUACAACCUGUGCGUCAAGGGUGAAGGGCACAGUGCGCACUUAUAUGGCAUAAAUAAUUAAUACAGACAAUACAAGCUUCAUUUAAUUAAGCGUUUCCUAUAUAAACUUAGUCUGACUGUAACUUCCGAUGAGUUUGGUUGAUAUAACGUAAAAUGAACUGAACUAUGGCUUAACCAGUACCACCGAGGGAUGAUUGGUUUUUAAUAGAUAUCAUCGGAUUUCAAGCUUGUUAACUAUUUUGCAGCGUCUCAUGUACGGUUAUAGACUUGCUCGUGCUCAAUAACGCAUCAAUGAGACAGCUAGUUCUGUGCAAGAUACAUACUAUAGAGAGAAACUUGUAGUAUUCCUACCGUGCAGACAUUUUUUGACCUGUUAAAUGUGUGGUCUUAAGACUUGCAUUCACCAGUACUGAACGGAAGAAAUUCAAUUUAGGUCAACUAGAUUAAAAUAACUUUGCACUCAAAUCCGGUAUUUUAUUGGCGACACGCAAGGCAUCUGCAAUAAGAUCAUCUUCAUCAUUUUCAUUUUUUUGUAAGACCAUUCGAAAUUCCUGGCUGCCUAACAUAAUGCUGCAAUACUUAUCUGAUUGAUGAUGUCACUUCUCGGUAUCUCAACUGUCACAAGGAUGCAUAUGUAGACAUGUCCUUGGUGUUUAUCCUCCUCUGUGGACUAAAAAUGUCAGCUCCAAAUAUGCCUGUGGUCUGACAGUGGAAUCACACGUUGUGGUAAAGCAAUGAUCGCUUAUGUUCUGUCGUUUGUUUUUUCAGUAUGUGUUUUGCAUUUUACGGUUUCAAUGCUGUUCAACAAUAGUUUUAUGAAUGCUAUGAAACACAAGACUCAGUAAUAAUUUACAAUUGUAAGACUUAACUGAAGGAUUGUAAAUAAUGAAUCCAGCUAAGUCCCCUGUGGUUUCUAUUAUCUUGUUUUAUGCAGCUUAAUUGCUUUAUGCAGCUAGUUAGAUGUGUUUAGUAUUAUGAAUCAUGAAAUAGUGUCCAUACUCAACAUAUUGUUGUCCAUAAAACCCAAUCUGAUUUACAUCACACAAGUUUUCACAUUUCUGAGCAGGGGCAAAGACUUGCAGUUGACACUGUGAUUCUUUGUUAUUUCAUGUGUCCUUUUUUUAUUUAUACAUAACUUCAUACCUAUCAUUUGCACAUAAUGAUAAUUUGGACUUGCAUGCACAUGGGUACCCAGAUUUUGAAAUUCAAUGCUAAGUGUGCCCCUGUGUUUCAAGGUCGUUGGGGCCUGAUGUAUUCAUUAACCUUUCUUAUAAAUAUUGCUGUACAAGAAUCACUGCUUGCUAUUUUUGCCUAAGCUUUGCAGACAGGUGAUAGCUAGGUGCCUAUUUAUUCAACCUUCAAAAACUUUUCCAUUUUCAUCUGAGUUUCAAACAUGUUUUUUUUAAGCCGAUGUGAUAAAUUUUUCCACCUUAAACUGUAAAAGCCAUCUCAUAUACAUGUAUGUUAAAUGACAGUGGCAGACCUUUGAAAACCUUUAAAACAAUACUUUUUAAACACACCUUGUUAAACAGGUUGGUGGUGUUGACCAAAAAUCCAACCAAACAAUCAAACAAGCGUUGCUCAUUUAAUAGCAACUUCAACCAUGACUCAGAACUCCCACUAAAGCCAAGUAGACAUUAUAUAUAUUCAUUCAUUCAUGCAAACAUUGAAUGAUCGCUUAAAUAAGUGUAGUGAAAGGAUUGUUUUUUAUAAAAUAUGUAUACAUCCUACAUCUUUAUUAUUUAAAAUUUAUUACACUUAAGUUCUGCCUUUGGUACUGGAUUCAUCCAAUUACAACGUUACCUCCAUGUUAACCAGACAGUCCCAAGUCUGUGGAAGUGUGAGGGUUUUAUCAUUUUAUGAUAAUUAAAACAAGAGCUGUGUUUGUGAAACACAAUGACCCCUACUGCGCCGCUUUGAAGCCAUAUAUUUGACCUUGAAGGAUGACCUUGACCUUUUACCACUCAAAAUGUGCAGCUGCAUAAGAUACACAUGCAUGCCAAAUAUCAAGUAGCUAUCUUCAGUAUUGCAAAAGUUAUGUUAAAGUUUUGGGACAGACAAACACACACAUACAAUGACAGACAGGCCAAAAACCAUAUACCCCCGAUCAUUUGAAUCCGGGUGCAUAAAAAUCGUAUCUGUGAAAAAAAAACACAUCUUAAUAGCUGCAUAAAACAAAUAAAACAAUUUACAGUAAACACUGCAUCAUUAAGUAGCUUUUACCAGGGCCUAGCUGGAUUCAUUCUGUGGAUUCCUUGAGUUAUAUUUUACGAAAAGUCUGACAUAUACAUGUAUUUGUUGUUUUUCUAAUUCUAAACCCUUUACAUUCUUCUUUCUUUGAAAUAUUGUAAAUGUAUAUAUCAAUAUCCUAAAAUCCUUUUGUGCUUAUUUCAUCCUAAAAUCUUGUAUUAUGCCUAUUUAGCUUAUUUCAACGGGUUUGUCUUUUAUUCUUAUUUCAGGUGUAUUGGUCUAUUAUGCGGAUUUGAUAUGUGUUGGUAUUUUGUGCUUAUUUCAGAUGUGUUUUUCUAUUUUGCUUAUUUCAGAAGUGUUCGUCUAUUAUGCUUAUUAUUAUGCCCCCCUUCGAAGAAAAGGGGCUAUAUUGUUUUGCACAUGUUGGUCGGUCGGUCAGUCGGUCCACCAGAUGGUUUCCAGAUGAUAACUCAAGAACGCUUAGGCCUAGGAUCAUGAAACUUCAUAGGUACAUUGAUCAUGACUGGCAGAUGACCCCUAUUGAUUUUCAGGUCACUAGGUCAAAGGUCAAGGUCACAGUGACUUGAAAUAGUAAAAUGGUUUCCGGAUGAUAACUCAAGCAUGCUUAGGCCUAGGAUCAUGAAACUUCAUAGGUACAUUGAUCAUGACUGGCAGGUGAGCCCUAUUGAUUUUCAGGUCACUAGGUCAAAGGUCAAAGUCACAGUGACACAAAAAAGUAAAAUGGUUUCCGGAUGAUAACUCAAGAACGCUUAUGCCUAGGAUCAUGAAACUUCAUAGGUACAUUGAUCAUGACUUGCAGAUGACCCCUAUUGAUUUUCAGGUCACUAGAUCAAAGGUCAAGGUCACAGUGACAAAAAACGUAUUCACACAAUGGCUGCCACUACAACUGACAGCCCAUAUGGGGGGCAUGCAUGUUUUACAUACAGCCCUUGUUUAAUGAGUGUUGGCUAAUUAUGCUUAUUUCAGAUGGUUUAGUUAUAGCUCGGUCAUUUAGGCUAUUUUUGUUGAAGGGUAUCAGAUUUGAUCAUCGUCUAACUAACUAUCUGAUAUGGAAGAAGUUAAACAGGUAAGUGUGGGUAAGGUUAUUGGAAAUUGUUUAAAAAAAAAUGUUUGUUUACAUUUAUUAUGACCCCCUUCGAAGAAGAGGGGGUUUAUUGUUUUGCACAUGUCGGUUUGUCCGUCCAACAGAUGGUUUCCGGAUGAUAACUCAAGAACGCUUAGGCCUAGGAUCAUGAAACUUCAUAGGUACAUUGAUCAUGACUGGCAGAUGACCCCUAUUGAUUUUCAGGUCACUAGGUCAAAGGUCAAGGUCACAGUAACUUUAAAUAGUAAAAUGGUUUCCGGAUGAUAACUCAAGAAUGCUUUGGCCUAAGAUCAUGAAACUUCAUAGGUACAUUGCUCACGACUGGCAGAUGACCCCUAUAGAUUUUUAGGUCAAAGGUCAAGGUCACAGUGACUCGAAAUAGUAAAAUGGUUUCCGGAUGAUAACUCAAGAAUGCUUACGCCUAGGAUCAUGAAACUUCAUAGGAGCAUUGAUCAUGACUGGCAGAUGACCCCUAUUUAUUUUCAGGUUACUAGGUCAAAGGUCAAGGUCACAGUGACUCGAAACAGUAAAAUGGUUUACGGAUGAUAUCUCAAGAAUGCUUACGCCUAGGAUCAUGAAACUUCAUUGGUACAUUGAUCAUGACUUGCAGAUGACCCCUAUUGAUUUUCAGGUCACAAGGUCAAAGGUCAAGGUCACAGUGACUCAAAAUAGUAAAAUGGUUUCCUGAUGGUAACUGAAGAAUAAUAAGGCCUAGUAUCAUGAAACUUCAUAGGUAUAUUGAUCAUGACUGGCAGAUGACCCCUAUUGAUUUUCAGUUCACUAGGUCAAAGGUCAAGGUCACAGUGACAAAAAACAUAUUCACACAAUUGCUGCUACUACAACUGACAGCCCAUAUGGGGGGGGCAUGCAUGUUUUACAAACAGCCCUUGUUAGUAAACACAUUAAUGUGUUGUAACGGUCAUUGUAUGUUCAUAUGAGGUAAUAUGUUGAUAUCUGCUGUUAUCAAUUAUUUUUACAGUGUGCAAAGUUGUAACUUAUGCACUACAUGUAUGUGUGAUAUAUACAUUUACUGAGUUAAAUUUGGUACACCUGUAUAUAUUUAUUCCUACAGGCUAUAAUGCCAUUUAUUGCAUGUACAUUUGAUGAAUACCUUAUUUUGUGUGGAAAUUGUGGUAAUUAUUGAAUUUUAUUUUGACAUAUGUACAUUUGUAAAUAGACACAGUUUUGUUUGCAAUUCUAUAAUAAAUAUUUUGAUAAUUGUUGCAUACUGUUAAAAAAUCUUUGCUUCUGAGACUGAUGCAUCAAGCAAUUUACCAGUAUCAAGGUUUUUUUCAUUGCAACUGUGACAUUGCGAAAAUUAUAUAAAUAUACUGUUAAAUAUUACAAACUCGUAUAUUAAAAAUGUUUAUCAGUUAUGUAUUUUUCAUAUUCAUGUAUGUACCUCUUGUGAAAAUGUGAACCAUUCAAUAUUUAUACCUGACAUGAUUGUGUACAUAUAAUAUUAGCGUCUUAUAAUAUGAACAGUAGACAAAAUAAGCGUAUUAAAUGGUUACUCACAUUGUUAUUAUGUCAGUUUUCAUGGAAAUACUUUCAUAUUAAACAUACGAUGGGCUGUUGCUAUUAAAACAAUUUUUGUAUACAUGUACAUAGUUUUCCGCCAAUUUGGUUUAUAUAUAGUUUAUGUCUGAUAUCCCAGCAUAAGUUUGAAUUUUAAUAUUGUACUGUUUGUGUUUAAUGUUAAUAGGCCAACAAAGAUGGAUUACUUAUAUAUCGUAGUCCAUCUGCAGUGUGACAGUUUUAAUUAUAAUGAUAUUAAGAUUUACUUGUACUACUACGGAAAUAACUAUUCAGCAUACAUAUAAUCAGAUUUGCUAACUGGGCUUGAUAUAUGUUGCUAAAUUAGCCAAGAUCUUAUUCAUUUGUUGGGUUGGGCUAAGAAGUAUAAUUCAUGUUUGUCUAAUAGCCAUUUAAUGCAUGAACCAGUUGUCAUAAUACACAGAAUGAACAUUGAAAAAUCAUUUACUGUUGACUACUAUUGAAUGGGUAUGGGUAUUUGUAAUUGUAGAAGGCGCCUGUUUAUGCAUCAAAAAUGUUCCUAAUGUUUGUUCAGAUGAAGGUGGAAUGGAUACUUUCUAUUGUUCUUUAAUGGGUCAAGUAUCUCUAAGUUAGUGUCUUCUUGUCGGUUAAUGUGGUAUAUGCUUAUGGGAUAUAAUCUGGUGGUAUGGGAUCCAAAUAUUUGACAUAAAAUCUAGUUGAAACUUGCUAAAAGUGUUUUUGAGUAUUUUUGCCUUAAAUAUAUGUUUUUAUGUAUAGAAAGUGUCAUAUAUUUACAAGCAAUUUCAAAGAACUGUUGGGGUUGUAUGUUUGUUUCUGUUUUGUUUUGUUGUAGUUUUUUGUUUAUGCUCCCCCAAAAAAAUUUGGGGGAACAUAUAGUCGCCGCUUCGUCUGUCCGUGCGUGUGUCCGACCGUCCGUGCACAAUUUUUGUCAGGGCUAUUUCUCAGCAAUUAAUGACCGGAAUUCAAUUAAACUUUAUAGGAAGCUUCACUACCAAGAGGAGAUGUGCAUAUUAUCAGCCGGUUCUGGUCGGAUGAUUUUUCACAAAGUUAUGGCCCUUUGAAAUUUUCCAUUAACUGUACAUAUAGUGCAAUUCUUUUUCCGGGCUAUUUCUCAGCAACUAAUGACCGGAAUUCAAUGAAACUUUAUAGGAAGCUUCACUACCAAGAGGACAUAUCCAUAUUAUCAGCGGGUUCUAGUCAGUUGAUUUUUCACCGAGUUAUGACCCUUUGAAAUUUCCCAUUAACUUAACAUAUAGUGCAAUUCUUGUCCGGGCUAUGUCUCAGCAACUAAUGACCGGAAUUCAAUGAAACUUUAUGGAAAGCUUCACUACCAAAAGGAGAUGUGCAUAUUAUCAGCCAGUUAUGGUCUGAUGAUUUUUCACAGACUUCUGGUCCUUUGAAAUUUUCCAUUAACUGUACAUAUAGUGCAAUUCUUGUGCGGGCGAUUUCUCAGCAACUAAUGACUGGAAUUCAAUGAAACUUUAUGGGAAGCUUAACUACCUUGAGGAGAUGCGCAUGUUAUUUGUGGGUUCUGGUUAGUAUAUAUUUAAGAGAGUUAUGGCCCUUUGAAAUUUUUAAGUUGCUAAACAAUCCAUCGUAUUAUUUUGUCCAAAGUUAUGCCCCUCAAAACGUUUCCUUUUAUCUGAAUAUAUAGUGCAAUAUUGUGACAAAAAAAAACUUUGGGGAGUAUCACCUGUCUCCGACGGUUUCUUGUUGUUUUUUAGUUGGGGGGGGGGCUUAUUUAGAAAUUCUGAUUGCUAUAUUUUAUGUUGUGAGUAUUCCUUGCCAACAUGAGUAUAUUUCUAAUGGAGAUUGAUUAAAUUCAUCAUUAAUACAAAACUUUAUUACGUUAACUUUAAACUAGAUGUUGGUUGCAUAUAUAGACCCUUUUGGCUCUUGUAAAACAAAUUACCAAUUAGAUAGAUUGUUUCAUUUAGUCACUUAUCUGGUAUAAAAUAUAGCUAAUCCACCCCAAAAAAGUUCCAUUCAUAUCAAAAUGCCUGAAAGGAAAAUUGAAUGUGCACUUUUUGUACAAUGAACAGAUGACAGGAAGAGCGGCUUUAGACUGAAACGUAACUGUAAACCAUAUAAUUACAAGAAAUCGUUUAAUGGUGUGUGCCUCAAUUUUAUUUAAAAAUAUUUUAAGUGAAAGACAUUAUUUUGAUUUUUUCCUUGCAGACAUUCAUUCUGCAAAAUUUACCAUAUGCAAAUAUUUUUGCAGGAAUGAGAAUUAAAUUUUUGUUUCAUAAUAUACCUUAUGAUAUCAGAGGUUAAACUGUUGAAAAGCAACAGGUUAUUAUGCUCCCCAAAAAUUUAUUUUGAGGGGGGCAUAUAGUCGCCGCUGCGUCUGUCCGUCCGUGUUUCCGUGUGUCCGUCUGUGCACAAUUCUUGUCCGUGCUAUUUCUCAGCAACUAAUGACCAGAAUUCAAUGAAAAUUUAUGGGAAGCUUCACUACCAAGAGGAGAUGUGCAUAUUAUCAGCGGGUUCUGGUCGGAUGAUUUUUUUACAGAGUUAUGGCCCUUUGAAAUUUUCCAUUAACUGUACAUAUAGUGCAAUUCUUGUCCGGGCUAUUUCUCAGCAACUAAUGACCGGAAUUCAAUGAAUUUUAUGGGAUGCUUCACUACCAAGAGGAGAUGUGCAUAUUAUCAGCGGGUUCUGGUCGGAUGAAUUUUCACAGAGUUAUGGCCCUUUGAAAUUUUCCAUUAACUGUACAUAUAGUGCAAUUCUUGUCCUGGCUAUUUCUCAGUAAUUAAUGGACGAUAUUCAAUGAAACUUUAUGGGAAACUUAACUACCAAAAAGAGAUGUGCAUAUUAUCAGCGGGUUCUGGUCAGAUGAUUUUUCACAGAGUUAUGGCCCUUUGAAAUUUUCCAUUAACUGUACAUAUAGUGCAAUUCUUGUCCGGGCUAUUUCUCAGCAACUAAUGACUGGAAUUCAAUGAAACUUUAUGGGAAGCUUCACUACCAAGAGGAGAUGUGCAUAUAAUCAGCUGGUUCUGGUCGGAUGAUUAUUCAUAGAGUUAUGGCCCUUUGAAAUUUUCUAUAAAAAAAAUUCUUGUCCCCCCAACUACUGUGCCCUCAAGACGUUUCCUUUUAUUUGAAUAUACAGUGCAAUAUUGUGACAAACAAAAAAUUUGGGGAGCAUCACCUGUUACCGACGGUUUCUUGUUCAAAUGGUUUGCCUUUGUCAUGUUACAUUAAGCAAAUAGCUGAUCGAGAGCUGAUAAGGACAUCGGUUUUUCAUGACAGACUGUUCAAUUAAGGUAUGUAAAAUUCCUGCGGUCAGUAUCCUGAUCUACCGACAAAUCACAACCUAAUUGAGAUAAUGUGACUGCAUGCAAUUGUGACCAUUAAUUUCAUUUUUUUUGUUAAGUGAACACACACCUCUAUUUUAUCAAAAAAAAUGUGUAAAAUAGAUAUUGAAAUCUGAAAUAAAGUAUUUAAUUUUCAAAGUUAUUCCCUUAUACUUAAAAAUGUUCUCUUUUGUGGUGAAUAUAAGAGAUUACAUUUACACAUAAAACACCAAACGCCCCUUUAGGACAAAUUCAUUGAAAUCAAAAGACACAUAAUUGAGUGCUUCUAAUAUAAUAGAUAACAAAGUAUACAUGUGACGGUAUAAAAAUAUUGAAGAAAAUUGUAGUCCAUAAUAAACCUUAUCUGUUCAAGACGUGAAAUUUAUAUGCCAAUAAUGUAUUUUACUUAUAUUUAUAUUUAUUGCAUUUAUGAAAAAUACAAAAGCAAUCUUUAGUGAAAACAUGAGGUUCCAAGAAUAUAUAUUACAAGUUUGAUGCGGACAAAAUUUAUGUCUUAUAUUUUCACUAUGUAAUAUAGAUUUUUACAUAUUAAAUGCACAUUCACUAGUAUGCCAACCGUUUAUCAAAAAGAGAAUAGUCUUAGAAAAUAUUAUUUAAUGUAUGAGAUCUUAAUAAAAACAGACACACUGUGUGUGGUUAGUCAUUUUUCUUCAUAUAAUACGGUUUUCAUCAAGAAGCCUAGAGAUUGUUCUGUUCGGUCAGUGCUCAUGCUGGAACACUAACUUUGUAAUUUCCAGCAUGGAACAAUAAUAGAUUCAAACUGGCCAGUGAAAGUUAUGGCUUGGCUUGUUAAUUAACGUUAAGACGUUAUUGUUAAAUCUUUCGUAGUAUUCAUUUAUGUAGCUUCAUUUAAUAAUUUACCAUUUGAAGCAAAGUAGCAUGGGCCUUAUUCAGUGUUUUACACCGUACUUGUUACGCAAUGGUCAUAUCAAUUACUGCUUCAUGUCUUUUAUAAUAUUUGGUUAAUUUAAAAAAAUGCAUUGGGGAAAAUGCCGUAGCCAUGAUUAUAUUAUACUGAUCUCUAACUGGUUUUAUGUAAAAUUAUAAUUUUGGUCUGUGUGUUUAAUAUAAAUAUAGUAUUAGU